AUGGGAAAUGUCGAGAAAACGUACAACACGUGGCAAUACGAGUUUCCAAUCAACACAAGUGCUGGAAAGAAAGCCUUUACGGCCUUUGGCAUGGAGCGAAUUACCGGACAAGUAAGCAAACUGGAUCCUAAAGUCCUGGUCAAGUUAUUCCCAGAAUAUGAUCCUGAAACACUCCAGCGAAAGUCAACGCACGUGGAUGUCCUGCUGGGCUGUGAUUACUUCGGUCUCCAUCCAAAGCAAGAAGAAGCUAGAUGUGGUGACAAUCUAAGUAUCAUGAACGGAGCAUUGGGGAUUUGCCUCCAAGGCGCCCAUCCAGAUCUGAUCGAAGAAACAAGAUAUGACACCAAUCUCGCAAAGAAAAUACACGAUGUUAACGUGAAAGUGGAGACAUACAAGACACGCUUGGACUCACAUCCAGAGUUCCAUCCCAAUCAUACCAGAGAAUGUUCUGUUAAUGUAUCGAGUUCCUAUAGUCACCGAAAGGACGAAAGCCAGAUUGACAAUUUUAUCAAUCAAGAGAAGAACUUGCCACCGAAAUUUCUCCACAAUGUGGUGGAUGUCGCUGUAAUAAGUGCCCUACUGUCGGACACACUUACUCUUUCAAGGAAGAACAUGAAUUAAAACUGAUUCAAGAAAACCUCGAGUACGAUGAAGUUAACCAAUGCUGGAUAACCAGUUAUCCUUGGCUCGUAGAUCCACAAAGUUUACCCGACAAUUAUCACACUGCACUUGCUACGUUAGAAAGAACUGAAAGAACGCUUAAGAAAGAUGACCAAUGGGCUAAGACGUACAAGAGGCAAAUGGACGAUAUGGUCGAUCGUUGUGUAGCAAAAAAACUAUCAUCCGAAGAAGUAAAGAGCUGGACUGGCCCUGUGUUAUAUAUCUCCCAUUUAGCAGUUGUAAACCCGCAUUCCAAUUCUACGCCCGUAAGAAUUGUGUUAAACUCCAGCCAAACGCACAAAGGUGUUUUGUUAAACGCUUGUCUCGCAAAAGGUCCAGACAGCUACAUGAACAACUUGGUUGGUAUUCUUCUACGUUGGAGAGAAGAAAGAGUACGGUUUAUUUGA